AUGACGCUCCCACCCCUCCUCGCCGGGCAAGUCUGCGCAAUAACCGGAGGACUCACGGGCAUCGGACGAGCAAUUGCCCUCCUCUUCCUUUCGCACGGCGCCAAAGUCGCGAUCAACUAUUUGCCGUCUCACAAUCAAGACGAAGAGGGUCUGCUCACGUCGCUGCGUACCGAGGCAUUUGACGCCAUAAAAUCACGGGCGCAAUCGUCGUCGCUGAUGAACCUCCAAGAUGUGCCCCUGCUGACGGUCCCGGGAGAUAUCUCGCAGCCUGAGACAGGCCAGGAAUUCGUCGCUCAGACAGUCUCCCGCUUCGGGCGGCUGGACACAUUCGUCUCCAACGCGGGCAUCUGCAAAUUCGAAGAGUUCCUCGACAUCUCCCCUGACAGCUUCCAGCGCCACCUCAACACGAACCUGUCUGGCGCCUUCUACGCCGUCCAAGCGGCGGCCCAGCAGAUGGUCCGCCAGUCAUUUCCACAGGGUGGGAGCAUCAUUGGGAUCUCGUCCAUCUCGGCGCUCGUCGGUGGUGCGCAGCAGUGCCACUACACGCCCACCAAGGCCGGCGUCUUGAGCCUCAUGCAGUCCACCGCCACCGCGCUGGGCAAGUACAACAUCCGCUGCAACGCCCUCCUCCCUGGCACGAUCCGGACGCAGCUCAAUGACGAGGACCUGAAGGACGCCAGCGACAAGAAGGCCUACAUGGAGGGACGCAUCCCUCUUGGACGCCUGGGGAAGCCUGAUGACUUGGCCGGCCCCGCACUCUUUCUUGCCCAGCCUGAGUUGAGCGGCUAUGUUACCGGAGCGGCCAUCUUGGUGGAUGGAGGCGCGUUUGUGAAUUUCCAGUGA